ACAGUAUCCACAUGGUUUUAAAUUACAUAGGUAUUAUAAAAAAUGUGUUCAUAGGUAGAUUUUUAAGUGAAAACUAAAGCAGUGAUUUCAACUUCUACUGUGUUUAAUCAUAACCUAAGUCUUUCUAUACGAAUUCCGAAAUAAGAACUUCCAAAAAUGUCGGAUGUUCCAGACCUCAGUUCAGACGAAGAGCAAUUUGUUGAAGAUGAGUGGCAAGAAAUGGAAACAAGCGACCAAACUGUGAAGUGCUUAUUUUGUCCAAGUAAAUUUCCUACUAUAGAGGAAUGUUUAGGCCACUGCGAGAGAUCUCAUAACUUUAAUUUAAUUACACUAAAAGCAAAAUUCAACAUGGAUUGUUAUUCAUAUAUAAAAAUGAUCAAUUACAUUAAAACACAUAGUUGUAGUUCUGCGGAUAUCAUAAAUACAGAUAGACCACAAUGGGACAGUGAGCAAUAUUUAAAACCAGUGGACAAUGAUGAGUGGCUGAUGUAUGAUUUUGAUUCCCUGGCCGAGGCUCCCAAUUCCCCCAAAACUUAUCAUGCCAAUGUUGAGAAUGGAUUAGUUACUUUGUCGCAGGCUCAUUUUACAGAAUUGCAAAGAACUAUUAAUACAUUGACUAAACAAUAUGAAGAAAGUCAAAACCAUCUGCAAAUGGCUAAAGAAGACAUGCAGAAAAUGAAGGAAUCAAUGAAAAAUUUGGUGGAAGGUGCAAGCAAUAUAGACGUAAACAUUGAUUCCGUCGGUAAAGUGCCUUUAGAGAGUGAUGAAGGAUAUUUUAGCAGUUAUGCACAUUUUGGAAUUCAUUACGAUAUGUUGUCAGAUAAGGUUCGUACUGAAAGUUAUAGAGAUGCUAUUUUAAAUAACAAGGAUUCUGUAAAAGACAAGGUAGUCUUAGACCUUGGAUGUGGUACGGGUAUUCUGUCCAUGUUUUCAGCUACUGCAGGAGCAAAGAAAGUGUAUGCUCUAGAUCAGUCGGAAGUCAUUUACCAUGCUAUGGAUAUAAUCAGAGAAAACAAUCUUGACAGCACUAUAACUACUGUAAAAGGAAGACUCGAAGAUACUAAGUUAGAGUCAAAAGUUGAUAUCAUUGUGUCAGAAUGGAUGGGAUACUUUUUGCUAUUUGAGGGAAUGUUGGACAGCGUCAUAUACGCCAGAGACAAUUUUCUCAACCCUGGAGGAAUUUUGCUGCCGAAUAGAUGUAACAUUAGCUUAGUAGCCAAUGGUGAUAUGGAUACUCAUAAUAAGUUAAUACAGUUUUGGUCAGAUGUUUAUGGAUAUAAAAUGAAUUGUAUGAAAUCUGAAGUGGUAAGAGAGGCUAGCAUCUCUGUUGUGGAUAGUAAGCAUAUUCUUUCGGAACCGUGUGUUGUGAAAGACAUAGAUAUCUAUACAUGCAAUACUGAUGUGAUGAAUUUUACAUCUGACUUUAAACUGCCUAUAAUCAGUGAUGGGAGCAUUACAUCUCUAGUUGGGUACUUUGAUACAUUUUUUGAUAUGCCCAAUAAAGUAUUUUUCUCUACUGGUCCACUCAGCACUCCGACACAUUGGAAGCAGACUGUUUUUUAUUUUAGAGACUGUAUUAAAGUAAAAAAGGGUGAAAUUGUGGAGGGUAAUAUUACAUGUAAGAGAUUGAAAACUGAUGUUAGAGGUUUGUCAGUUCAGAUAAAUGUAUUUGGUAAAUUACAUAAGUUUGUACUGAGCUGAUUUAUAGAUUUUAUAUUGCAAAUAUGCUAUUGCCUCUGCCUUCGCUUUUCUGUUCUUUAAAAAUAAAUAUAAGAUGCCUAGGAAAGAAAUCAGGUUGACUGAAUUUUGUUGUUUGUGGCCAAGAUCUUAGAGCAUUUUUGUAUGCUAAUUGGGAGUAUUGUCAAUAUUAUAUAUUAUGUAUGUAUUAUCCAAUGUAAUGCUUUGGAAAAGUUUGUGAAUAUUGUCUUGAAACUGUACAACUUCAAAAAUACCUUUAUGUUGAACUUUUAACUGGCCCUUUUCAAGUUACUGCCAUUUACUUUUUAUAUUUUUAUGAACAUAAAAAUGUAGUUUUAUAGUACAAUAUAUUAAUAAUAU